UGCAGCACCGGCCGCGGGAGCAGGGAGUAUUAUGGGCUGUGGGUGCCGCUGAGCAAGAUGGAGCUGUCUGCAGUGGGCGAGCGGGUCUUCGCGGCCGAAUCCAUCAUCAAACGGCGGAUCCGAAAGGGACGCAUCGAGUACCUGGUGAAAUGGAAGGGGUGGGCCAUCAAGUACAGCACUUGGGAGCCGGAGGAGAACAUCCUGGACUCGCGGCUCAUUGCAGCCUUCGAGCAGAAGGAGAGGGAGCGUGAGCUGUAUGGGCCCAAGAAGAGGGGACCCAAACCCAAAACUUUCCUCCUGAAGGCGCGGGCCCAGGCGGAGGCCCUCCGCAUCAGUGAUGUGCAUUUCUCGGUCAAGCCGACCGCCAGCGCCUCCUCGCCCAAGCUGCAUUCUAGCGCUGCCGUGCACCGGCUCAAGAAGGACAUCCGCCGCUGUCACCGCAUGUCCCGCCGCCCCCUGCCCCGCCCAGACCCCCAGGGGGGCAGCCCCGGCCUGCGCCCGCCCAUCUCGCCCUUCUCCGAGACCGUGCGCAUCAUCAACCGCAAGGUCAAGCCGCGGGAGCCCAAGCGGAACCGCAUCAUCCUGAACCUGAAGGUGAUCGACAAGGGCACGGGCGGAGGCAGUGCCGGGCAGGGUGCCGGGGCCCUUGCCCGCCCCAAAGUCCCCUCACGGAACCGCGUCAUUGGCAAGAGCAAGAAGUUCAGCGAGAGCAUCCUGCGCACGCAGAUCCGCCACAUGAAGUUUGGCGCUUUCGCGAUGUACAACAAGCCCCCGCCCGGCCCUCUGCCGCCCCCGCCAGCCACCAAGGCCGACAUCGCCGCCUCCCCUGGCCAGGGGCUGCUCCUGGCAGCCCCCAGUGCCCCGUACGACGCCCGCAGCUCCAGCUCCUCCGGCUGCCCUUCGCCAACCCCGCAGUCCUCCUCCGACCCGGAUGACGCGCCCCCCAAGCUGCUCCCCGAGACCACGAGUCCAUCUGCCCCCGACUGGCGGGAGCCCGAGGUGCUUGACCUGUCCAUUCCUCCCGAGGCGGCGGCCACCAGCAAGCGGGCGGCUCCCGACGUCACUGCGGCUGCCAGCCAGGCCCUUCCCGCGGCCCCUCAGCCAGCCGGCGCCGCCUCAGAGCCCGAGGCUGGAGACUGGCGCCCUGAGAUGUCACCCUGCUCCAACGUGGUCGUCACCGACGUCACCAGCAAUCUCCUGACGGUCACUAUCAAGGAAUUCUGCAACCCUGAGGAUUUCGAGAAGGUGGCUGCUGGGGUAGCAGGCGCCGCAGCGGGGGGUGGCAGCAGUGGGCAGAGCAAGUGAGGGGCCCCACCAAGGAGGGGGGUUUGGGGGGGCCCUCCUGCCCAAAGUCUUACUCUUGCUCCCGCCCCCACCCCCGCCCUCAGACAACCCUGCCUGUGCUUUGCUUGUUUCAAAUGGCUCGGUGUUGACCCCGGGAUGGGGCUGGGCAGUUGGAGCCCCCUGAAGCCCAGUGGGGGCGGGGGGGCGGUCCUGGGACGGGGUGGGGCUAGGG